UCUCAAAAAUGUAAAUUAAGAUUAAAGUGGAUGAAAAGACUGACUUUUGUUGAUUUUGUUCAAUUUUUACAAAAUUUGUAUCAAUUUUUGUCGCAUUAUACAGGCUUACCAACAACUCCUUGAUCAGAUGUCAAGUCACCUGACUGACAACCUGACGCCUAUCAUCCAUUCUGGAUUUUAGGUCUGCUGCUAGUGUUUUGUUCCCAUAAAAGUAAGAAUUUCUUAAUAAAAAUGUCUGGGAAAGAAAAAUUAGCUAUUUUUCCAUCCAGAGGAGCUCAAACUUUGAUGAAGAGUCGUCUGAAGGGUGCUCAGAAAGGACACAGUCUCUUGAAAAAGAAAGCUGAUGCUUUGCAAAUGAGAUUUCGUUUGAUUCUCUCAAAAAUCAUAACAACAAAGUCCCUUAUGGGAGAGGUUAUGAAAGAGGCAGCCUUCUCUUUAGCCGAAGCCAAGUUCACAACUGGAGACUUCAACCAAGUUGUGCUUCAAAAUGUGACUAAGGCGCAGAUCAAAGUGCGCACAAAGAAAGAUAACGUUGCUGGUGUAACACUGCCCGUUUUCGAGAGCUACCAGGACGGUACAGACACAUACGAGCUGGCGGGUUUGGCCAGGGGAGGCCAGCAGUUGGCAAAACUGAAGAAGAACUACCAGAGUGCAGUCAAACUGCUUGUCGAGUUGGCAUCACUGCAAACGUCGUUCGUCACUUUGGACGAGGUGAUCAAGGUCACCAACAGAAGAGUCAACGCUAUUGAACAUGUUAUCAUUCCCAGAAUUGAACGCACAUUGGCUUACAUCAUUUCUGAACUCGAUGAGUUGGAGCGUGAGGAAUUCUACAGACUGAAGAAAAUCCAGGACAAGAAGCGAAUCGCCCGAAAGAAAGCGGAAGCUUUGCAAGCGGAAGCCAUUGCUUCCGGAGAGGCCACUAGAUACGGAACUAACAAUAUGCUGGAUGAAGGAGACGAGGAUUUGCUGUUCUAAACCGAUCACAGCAUGUAAUUAAGUGAUAAAGGGUGUAGAGAUGAGCGUUUGCUGGUCUACAGUAUGCAAAAAAGGAAUAGAGAAUGUAAUGAUCAGGAUUAUUGUUCUAAACUAAAUCAGAGGAUUCAAAAAAAUGAUAAUAGAGAAUGUAAGGAUAAGGAUUUAUUGUUUUAAAAUAAUCACAGGAUUAAAUGUAAUAGAGGAUGUAAAUAUGAGGAUUCAAUAAUCACAGAGAAUAUAUAAAAUAAUAGAGGCUGUAUGGAUGAAGAUUUGAUGUUCUAAAAAUCAUAGAGGAUACAAAAAAUAAUGGAGAAUGUGAGAGUAAGGGUUUGUUCUUCUAAAAAUAAUCACAUGAUGUGGAAAAAUGAUAGAGAAUGUUAGAAAGUGUUCAGUGUUAUCAAGAAGCCCAUAUUUUACUGUUGAAAUAUUUUAAUUUAGUUUUAAGUGUUGAUAGAGCUAAUAGUUUAUCGAUGAUGAUUGCGUGGUUGAGCUCAGAUCAAUUCUUGUAUGAAAUGAGUAAAUGCAAAUUUAUUAUUUCAAAUUGUAUCUUACUUGUUGUUCUUAAGGUGCGUACAGAUUUACGCGCCGCGAACAUGAGCAAUUCACUUUUAAUCAGCUGAUGCCAAGCUUUUUAUAUCUGUAUCGUACCGUUUCUGUAAAAAUACAGAUAUAAUCAGCUGAUUAGAAGUGAAUUGCUCAUGUUCGCGGAGUGUAUAUCUGUACGCACCUCAAUACAAAGUUAGUAGACAGUCUAACGUUGGUUAGACAGUCUCUGUCUACUAACGUUAGUUCUUAUGUAUAUGGAAAUCUUGACGAUUGUGUUAUUUGAAAUACAACCACCUUAUCAAAGAAAUUAUGUCUAGUAGUUGAUAAUUAUGCUGUUUGAAAUACAACCUUGUUGUUGAGAAAAACGA